UGACAUUGCUGUGCCAAUGACAGAGUUGCCUGACCCUGAGGCAGACAACGGUGACUCUACCCUGACCUUAAAAGAACAAGAUCAAAAGUGGAAGGAUCUUGCCCUGGGAAAACUGAACGAUCAGCAAGAAGCUCUUUCAAACUAAUGGAUUUCCAAGAGAUUCCAGUCAAGUGCUUUGUUCCACUGUGUAAUCAGAGAGUUCUUUCAAAUCGGUCAGUAUGCCAGUACUGUAUGGAACAGUACUGUGGACAACAUUUUCCACCUUUCAGUCAUAACUGCUCUUCUGGUGCACACAUCUUUCUUGUUGAGAGCCAAACUAUAGAGCAUUCCGCCCUUCUGCACAUUCAGUCAUAUGCAUGCUCGUCUGAAGGAUGUCCUGAAUAUGGUCCAAUGAAACUAGAAUGUUGCAACUGCGGAAAGCAUUUCUGCCAAAGUCAUCAUCGUCAUGGCUGCCUUGACCCAUUGAGAAAAGAAUUGAUGGCCAAGCGUGCCCAGCGUGAGACUUUGAGGCGUCAUCAUGAAGCCAUUAAAGAAUCGAUCAACAAUGUGGUUGAAGCUGCUAUUGAGAAGCACUUGACUCGGCCUGGACCUAAGCUGGCGCUUGCCAGCCAGCUGAAGUUAAUGAGGAUGAAGCAACAAGCUGUAGGACAUCAAAACAUCCCUAUGUCAAAUCGUGCAUAUUUUCUUGUGCAUUGGAAAUCUGAUGAUGCACGAGGUCUAGAUCGUAAAGCCAUUUACGUUUCAAAGGAAUGGGCAGUGGAACAAGUGACUAAAAUGGUUGGGGAGCAAUGUAACAUAUUUACGAUGCCAUGGUAUACAAGUUGUAAUGACCUGCGCCUCUUUUAUAUGGAUGGACAACUGAUCACCGAAAAUUUAACCCUUCUUCUAAAAAAUCUGAUAACUGAAAAAAAUCUUGUUGAUGGGGAAAAUAUAUUAAUUGGUAUCCUAUAGGUUGCAAAAUCUUUUGCUUAUCUGUCAAAGAAUCAAUUCAACCCUUGCUUGUAUUCUGCAUUUAUUCCUGUGCUUGUAAUCAACUUUUAAGGAUAAUCUUGUACUCUUACUGUAAUACUGAUGAUUGAUAGUCAGUAAAUAAAAUACAUCUUGAACUUG